UCCUGGAUGAAUCCAGUACCCUGUAAUUCGAAUGGUUCUAGAUCUUAACUUCGUUACAUUCAGUUGAUGUUCAGACGAAGCAGUGGCUACAUGGAAAAACAUCUGCUGUUUGUCUCUGGUUUGAAUUGAGUAGAAACACAAGAACAAGCUAUCAGGGCAGCACCGACAUAAGAGUCCGCGAGGUUUAAAGGCAAAUGUGUGGAAAUCUGCAGCUUCUGGUUUGCAUCUUGGUUCUGUGUUUAGUCGCUGCUGGUUUUGGAGGAGCUGGAGAAGAAGGCCGAAAUAAGACGUUUACGAACGACACCGCACCUACCAGCCACGCCCCAACUCCAGAAAAUAGCGCGAACAAUACAAGGAACGCCACUGAUAAUGACAGAGAAAUUUUGCUGGGAAGAAUAUUGAACCAGAUCCAGAACAAGUCGGACAGCAGGCUAAGACCCAAAAUAGGACGAGAACCUAUAACUGUAAAGACGGAUAUGUUCAUUUUAGACAUUGGCUACAUCAGCGAAGCGAAUAUGGAAUUUCGCACCAGUUUGUUUCUGCGCAUGUACUGGCAAGACGAGCGUCUGGCUUACAUCAAUACGGGAUACAAAAAGAGGCUUGCUCUGAAUGCUAAGAUGGUUCAACAUAUGUGGAUUCCUGACAUCUAUUUUGUAAAUGAGAAGUCUGGAAUAAAGCAUGAUCUCACCAAAGAAAACGAAGUGGUGAGACUCUGGCCCGAUGGAAGAGUGUUCCACAGCAUGAGAUUGUCGAUGACAGCAUCUUGCCCGAUGCGCCUGCAUAACUAUCCACUGGAUAAACAAGUUUGUAGACUGGCGUUUGAAAGCUUUAGUUACGAAGACACCGAGUUGCUUUUUGAAUGGAAGAGAGAUAAAGGAAACAAGGAAGUGCUUGUUUCAGAAGAUCUAGAGAUUCCCCAGUUUAUUCUCACAGACUACUGGACGGAAGCAAACUUCUCCAAUUUUACUUCAGGAGCAUACUCGCGGUUAAUAGUCUGGUUCCAGUUUGAGCGGAGCAUCGGAUUCUUCUUGAUCCAGACCUACAUUCCAGCUUACUUGAUUGUCAUGCUCAGUUGGAUUGCAUUCUGGAUCAGUCAUAAUUCCACACCAGCCCGCAUAGCCCUCGGGAUCACAACAGUCCUCACCAUGACAACACUAACCAACAGCGCUCGGGCGUCACUUCCCAAGGUGUCUUACGUGAAAUCCAUUGAGUGGUUUCUGAUUCUGUGUUUUCUGUACGUGUUUGCCUCUCUGGUGGAAUACGCUUGUGUUUCAUUUGAGGUAAACAGGAGAGUCAAGAGAGGUCUGGAGAUUCCUGUGGUGCAAACAGAGUCAGACGACGGAAAGGAUCCUGAAAAGAAAGACCUUGUGCGCGUCAUGGACGGAAACGUGGAGGCGAACGGACAUGCCAAGACAAGGAGAAGAACCAGGUUUAGCUUUUAUGGCAGAAGACAAGCGGAAACGAAGUUUGUGCAGUACCGUGCCUACUCAGAAAAAGAGAUCGAAGCAAUGCAGUCCCAAGUGGACAGGUGGUCUCGCAUAGGCUUCCCACUGUCAUUUGUGGUGUUUAACAUCAUAUAUUGGGUGCUGACCGUGCAGUUCUCUUGAGUAGCUGUGGGGAUGGUGGCUUCUCAAGUACGUACUCUUGGGCAUGUUGCUUGCCAUACGAUCGAGCUUGCAGCUUUCACCCAUCAAAUCCGGCGAUAAGUAAACUUUAAAUAGUAGAUAAUGGCUGACCCUAACAAGCGAACUAUUGAUUUCGAGGUGAUUUACAAGUCGUUGAAUGACUCUUUGGAGACUGUUGAUGAACUCUAGAAAUAUUAUAUGAGUUGCUCAUCCGAAGCCAGCUAUUUGAAAUAUGCAUAUCAAGAAGUAUAUAUAUGAGUAAAAUUAUAAUAAUUGUAUUUGAGACGUGAAAUCUUCAAGAUGAGAUGCGAAUGUGGCUUAAAAUAGAGUAAGACUUCAAAGCGAUUACCCAGUGCAAAUAAAACUUAACUGUGAUGGAA